CCAGUCGCUGAGAUGUCGGCUGGCCAGCCCCAGAGGCCACCCCAGCCACAGUCUGAGCCCUGGGACUCCAGGAUCUGUUCCCCACUGUCCCUGAGGAGGAGGACUUGGGAGGAAGACCCCAGCAUCCCGAGAGCCUCCCCCUCCCUGGGGCUCUAUCUGAUGUAGCCAGCUCUCCCCCACCCCCUGGCCCCCCGGGACAGAUUCCCCAGGGGUCCCAGAGGCCUAAGCUUUCCAGUGGAAACCAGAAGCAGGGAGGGAGAGGAGCUGCAGAGAAAAUGCCUCUCGCACCAGGAUUGCCAAGGAUAACGAGAAGGCUCAGGGCACGUUCGAGACAGACACGGAGCCAGACAGACGGCGGGAAGACGGCAGCUCCGGCGGACACGGCUGCUCUGGGGAUCCGGGCACCCAUGGCCGAGUGAAGCUACCCCGGUCCCUGGACUCUGCGGGGCCCACCCCAGCAUGGUCCAGGGCCAAAGCAUGGCCACUGCCCAGCCCCCAGCUCCCGGCCCCGCUGUGAAGAAACACGUCCGUCUGCAGGAGAGACGGGGCUCCAACGUGGCACUGAUGCUGGAUGUGAGCUCCCUGGGGACGGUAGAACCCUUCUGCUCCGUGUCCACACCCCGCGAGGUCACUCUGCACUUCCUUCGCACUGCCGGACGGCCCCUCAGCCGCUGGACCCUACAGCACCAGCCCCCGGGCCCCAAGCAGCUCGAGGAGGAAUUUUCGAAGAUCCCCCCCAAUUUUGUCAACCCCCAAGAGCUGGACAUCCCUGGCCAUGCCUCCAAAGACCGAUACAAGACCAUCUUGCCAAACCCCCAGAGCCGUGUCUGCCUGAGGCAGGCCCAGAGCCAGGAGGCCGGGGAUUAUAUCAACGCCAACUACAUUCGUGGCUAUGAUGGGCAGGAGAAGGUCUACAUCGCCACCCAAGGCCCCAUGCCCAACACGGUGUCCGACUUUUGGGAAAUGGUGUGGCAGGAGAAGGCGCCCAUCAUUGUCAUGCUCACCCAGCUCCACGAGGGCAAGGAGAAAUGUGUCCUCUACUGGCCCACCGAGGAGGAGACCUAUGGGCCAUUCUGCAUCCGGGUGCAAGAGAAGACAGAGGGCCCAGAGUAUUCCAUUCGACAGCUCUCCAUCCAGUGCCAGGGGGAAUGCCGUUCGGUGACCCACAUCCUCUUCGAAACCUGGCCCGACCACCAGACUCCUGAGUCAGCCGGGCCGUUGCUGCACCUGGUGGCCGAGGUGGAGAGCAAGGUGGGAGCAGACAAGGUGGGACCCAUCGUGGUGCACUGCAGUGCAGGGAUCGGCCGGACGGGCUGCUUCAUCGCCACGCAGAUCGGCUGCCAGCAACUGAAGGCCCGGGGUGAGGUGGACGUCUUGGGCAUCGUGUGCCGACUGCGCCUGGACAGAGGGGGCAUGAUCCAGACCAGUGAGCAGUACCAGUUUCUCCACCAGACGCUGGCCCUGUACGCUGCCCAGCUGCCCGAGGAGAAGAGCCCCUGACCUCCCCUCCCACUCUGGCUGGCACAUGCCCUCCAUCCACCAACCUCCUUUGGAGCUGCAGUCUCCUUUCUGCUCUGUUCGCUCUGACUGUCAGACGCCUGGGUACCCAAGGAGAAUGGGGUGGCAUUGUCCUGGGGGAGCUGACCGGAUCGGCACCGGGACGAUUGAAUGAAUGACAGGACACCUAGGGCUCAGAGUCUCCUCCCAGAGAGAAACGGGACCAGUGUGGGCCGGGGCCUGCCUAGGGCUUUUGACUCUGCCUCGGCCUCUCUGCUGAGCCGGUCCAACCUGCCUCCUCAAAGGCCCCCGCAGUUAGAGACGUAGGCCUAGCUCUUGGCCAUGAAAACAACGGGCAACGGAGCCAGAACCCAGGUGCCUAACAUCGACUCGACAGAAAGCCACUCCCCCUCUCUGUGCCUAUUUCCUGCACCUUGUUAAGGGCGUCGGGCCUAAGGUGCUCUGAGAUCCAAGGAGCUAUAGCAAUUCCCAGGGGUCGAUUCGGCCAUAUCCUUCCAGGUUCAUGGCCAAGACUGACUACUGCAGCCUGCAGACACUUCUCUUCUGAGGCCAGCACAGAGUAUGAGUAACAAAGAGGAGCCAUUGAAAAAUCCUGCUCCCCCAGUUUCCCCGAGCUUCCCUCUCCCUCCUCCCCACCACUGCUCCGGGGGAGCUGGGCUCUUUCGCUGAGGGCGGCCUCUCUAUUCUAUUACUUGCCGAGCUCUGGGAUAGGACAGAAGGGUGGAGCCCAGCACUAACCCUCAAACCAUGGUCUCGGAACCCCUCACCUUACUAGGAAAACCCUAGACCCAGCCACCUCUGCCUCACCCUUCUUCUCGCAAAGACUGCUUCAGUUUCUGCCCAGGCCAGGAGGGUAGGUUUUAGGGAGAACCUGAUGACACACUGGACCAGAGGAGGCCUGAUAACUACGAAGACCUGGAGGUGCUUUGUUCUGACACCUCAGACCCACUGUGUCGGGGGGGACCUCCAGUUUAAGCUAACCACCCCCAGUUUAAGCUAACCCCUAAAGCAAUGUAGUUUCUCAGGAUUCUCCAGCCUGGGAGUGACUGUUGUGACCAUUUUAGCCAAGCCAGCUGGGCCAGAGAGCCAUCCCUUCCCCCUACCCUCCAUCUCGGCCAAAGCAUCCUGGGACCAAAGGUGGCCAGGUCUGCUCUAAGAACAGUCAGAAAGGGACCUUUCCUCACCUUAGCUUGUAAGACAACCUCAAUGAGGAACUCACCAUCCACGCAGGGCCAGUUCCCACGACCAUCCCUGCCUUAGCUAACCAAGAGGACGGCCCAAGGCCAGAGAUGACAAGUGUGUCUCCUGUCCCGAGUUCAGAUCCAGCCUGCCUGGCCACCCCUGACAAAACAGAGAUACUAAAGAGCAGUCUUCCUUUCACUUUCUGCCCCCAACCUUUAGGACAGGCCAGAUGGGCCCGGAUGGCCACGAUGGGCCAAGAUGGGCGCUGGGAAGUUGUCACCGAGGAGCUGGAAAAUAAAGAGGUUUCUUGGCUAA